AUGUUCGGAAAUUUCUUUUUUGUGCACCGUGUGGUUGCAUUUACGUUUCUGGGGCCUCCCAAAAGUGCAUUAGUGUGGCGAGUGCAUCACAAAGAUGGGGAUCCCACGAACAACCGGCUGGACAAUUUGACAUAUGUCACCCAGUCGGAGAAUGUGCAACAGUCGUAUUGCAGCAAUCCUUUCAGGGGCAGUUCAAGCUCUGCACUUUCUACACCUGUAGUGUGGAGGAAUUUGGCCACAACGCAGAAUUGGACAGAAAGCCCGUCCAUAACGUCUGCUGCAAAAAGCCUUGGACUUUCACCAUACAUUAUCUCAAAACAUUGUCGCGCUGGCGUCCCAAUAGAGGGUUAUCAGCUGAAGUUCGGUGCGUCCUCCGAGCCUGUGUGCUUGCCAGGAGAAGAGUGGUUGCCAAUGAAGAACCCGUUGACUGGCCACGUGGUUGAAGGGAGGAAGGUGAGCUCUUUCGGGCGCCUCAGGUCCAGAACGGGUUUAGUCACGCGAGGCUGUAAAACCGUUUCCGGAUAUUUUACUGCAGAUCUUCGUGAAGACUCCCAACGGUACCAAACCCUGGUUCAUCGCUUGGUUGCAUAUGCCUUCUUGGGGCCGCCACCAACCUCGCAGCAUACCCAGGUCAACCACAAAGACUUGAAUCGAGGCAACAACUGCGUUGAAAACUUGGAGUAUGUUACCCCGUCAGAAAAUGUGAGGCAUUUCCAUGCCACUUUGGGCUAUCAGAAUGGCAAAACAGGUGGAGCCGUGCCGGUGCUGGCAAGGCCAUACGGUAGUAAGGGCAGCUGGGUAAGGUUCUCAUCGAUAGUUGAGGCUGCAAAGGUACUUAUGAUAAACCGUGGCAGUAUCUCGAAGUGCGUCAAAGGCCUGGUCAAAUGUGCUGGAACCCACGAGUUUUGCAUGGACGAAACGGAAGAGCCAGAUCAGCUUCAAGGGGAAGAAUGGCGACCAGGCCGUCUCUUGGUCUCCGAGGUACCAAAGGCGUGCUUCUCGUCCAAGAACUUUGAGAGCUCUGGAGCCCAGCCGCAGGUGGCUGGUGUCUUCGAGGGCGAUGAGAUAGUUUCCGUGAAUGGUGAGCCAGCUGCCAGCGUCGAAAAGAAGAUCUUGGCCGAAGGCGAUCCGUGGAAUGCCUGUUCUUCCAGCAAACCUCGGCACCCGGUGGGUUCCAAGGGGAAGGCCAGUCGCCAUGUCUCCUUUCUGGUACCCUUUGUUGGUAUCAGGGAGCAGUUGCGUGGAGGUUUACCGUGGAUCUCCAUUGGCAUUCUGACGCUGUUGGCGGGUCUGAGCUUGGUGUUGCUGUUCACGGGCUGGACGGUGGCCUGCUUGAACGAUGGAGGAUCCACCGGUAAGAUGCUGUUGGUGGCCAACUUGCUGUGCGUCUUCAUCCUGUUGGUGCCGCAGGGUUUACCUGCGGAAAUGAUGCUGCUCUUCAUCGGCGCCAUCUGCUGCUUCUUCGGCAUCUUGCAACCCAAGGAGCUCUUUGCCGGGUGCGCCUCAGAUGCUGUGGUGACGUUGGCCUUGUUAUUUCCCAUCAUGCGCGCCAUGGGCGACACCGGCGUGCCGGAGCGCUUCAUCGGCUGCGUCCUGGGCAUGGCCAACGGGCCGAGGAGUUUGAUUUUUCGCAUGUUCUUCGCUGUGGCCCUCCUAUCUGGUUUCUUCAACAACACGCCCAUUGUAGUGAUGAUGGUCCCGUUGUUGCAAUCUUUGUGUCUCCGUCAGGGCGUGCCCUGCCAAGCAGUGCUGAUGCCCUUGAGCUUCGCCGCGCAGGCGGGUGGAAGCUUGACGAAGAUGGGAUCCUCCAUCAACUUUGUGGCAGAUGCGGUUUUUCAGCCGUAUGGCUACAAGAUUGGUUUCUUCACCCUGACCUUGGGGUGUUGCUUCAUUUGUUUCUUGGGAGCCGCCUACUGCUCCCUGCUGGGCCCCAAGAUCUUGAAACCCGCCGAGCCCGGCGCCGACGGAAGUUCGGCACGGAACGGUGGAGGCGAAAACCACUUCAAGGUGGCCUUCAAAGCCUCCGAGCACGGGCCACUGAUCGGUGCCACCUUGGAGGAUUUGGGUCUUCAUCGUAUUCCUGGCGUCAAUGAGAUUGCCUUGCACCGCGACUGGCUCCGCCGCGGCAUCGAGCUGCGCUCGGCGUUUUCGGCGAGUCGCGAGGAGGCUGAGGAGCGUCAGCUGGGUGCAGAGGACCUCAUUCAGGUCACCUGCAGUGCAGAGGCCGUGGCACAGCUGCGACAUGUCAGGGGUUUGGAGCUCUGCAACGACUUCGAGCUGUCCCUGCUGGGCUCCAUGCGUCGAAAGCGGUGCCUCUGCGAGGUGGCGGUGAAGGAGUCCCUGGUGGGGUCCACCAUCGACGCCCGGCGCUGGAAAUCUGAGCUGCGCUGCGCCGUCGUGGCCUCCCGCGGUGCGGAGACGGAGAGCGCGCCGGCGGCGGAGGGCACGGGCACCGUGGGUGCGCGAGCAACCCAAAGCUUCAAUGGCUACGUGAUCCAAUCCGGCGACAUUCUGUUGCUGGAGACCUUCCAGGAAAUGGUUGGCUCCGACAUCUGGGUGGAAAACUUUGGGGUGGUGCGUUUGGUCCCCAACUCCGCUCCUCCACGCCGUGGCAAGCCGGCCGAUUCCCUCCGCGCGGUCUUCAUCGUCGUGGGUUUGCUGGCGAUGAUCAUCAUUGCCUCCUGCGGCGAGAAGGCACCCAGUUUGCCACUGAUGGCGGUGAUCUUCCUCUGUGGCAUCAUCAUGGUGAAGGGUUUGAAGUUGGAGGAGGUGUAUCAGGAGAUCAAUGGCCAGGUGUUGCUGACCAUCGUGGGCGCCUUGGCGUUGGGCCGAGCGCUGGAAGUCUCCUGCUUGGCCAACUGCAUGGCCCAGUGCAUCAUCGCCGUGACGAAGCCCGUGGGCACCGUGGCAGUGAAGGCGGGGAUCUAUGCCGCCACCAUCGGUCUGGGGCAGUUUCUCAAUAGCGCGGCCAAUGUGGCCAUCAUGGGAAAGAUUGCCAUUCCAAUCGCUCACAGCAUGACGAUCCCUGUGGGAGAAAUGGCAAUGAUCGUAACCUAUGCGGCCUCGGCGUGCUAUACGGCACCCUACGGAUAUCAAACCAACACGCUGGUGCUUAAAGCAGGCGGCUAUGCCUGGGGCGACUUCAUCAAGUUUGGCGGCGCAUUGCAACUGCUACACAUGUGCCUAGUGGUGGCGAUGGCCGCAUGGUGUGCAAAGUUCUCACCGGUGCUGAGAUCCUUCGAACGACUCGGCUCGGUGGUGAUGGCACCAAGACCGCCCGUGAAGCUGGACCUGAGUUCCCAUGCCAGCAAUGGGGACGUGUCGACCCUGGAUUGGUCCGAAGUGCCUGAAGGGCUGCUGCCUUAUGAGGAGCUUGAUUUCUCCUAUAACGGCAUCACUUCGACGGAACUGGAUCGGAUCCUGGAGAUCUGCAGCCGUUGUCCCAAGUUGCGCGUCUUGAAGCUCUUCAAGAACAGCAUCGACGAUACUGGCGCGGACGGCAUCGCGCAAUUGUGCCAGUCAUGCCCCGGCAUCGAGGAGAUUCACCUCAGCCACAACAUGUUUACUGCCGAUGGCGCCACGGUCAUCAUCAUGGCCGCAGAAAACUCACGCAGCAAGGACACAGUUCCAUUGUGGUUGCGCUUGGAACAGAACCACAUUGACGACGCGGAGGCGGUCUUCCGGCGGCUCCAGGACAAGUACAGCGUUUGCCGCCGUAUCGACGCAAAAGCCUGCACGUCGCGUACCUGCGCGAAGAGAUGUCUUGUACAUCUUCCUCACUUUUGCCUUCAGCGCUUGUCACACGUGGAUUCACAUCAAGACCUGCCGCAAUUGGCCAAGACUGGCAAUCCGGCACCGGCUCGACAGAUGCUGCGACAAUUCCGGGACGAUUUAGAUCGACAGAAAGGCAAGUCCAAGGGUCGCGAUGAGCGCGUUCCAUUGGCUGCCAAGAGCGAUGAGCAGCAAAAGAUGCGCAAACUCACUGACGAGGAGAUGCAUCGCAACGGGCACAGCAACGGGCACAGCAACGGAUGCAGCGGCUGCGGCUACGAUGAUCAAAGCACCUGGCAGGCUGCCCAGGGCAGACUGCCGCACAUCCACGCGGAACAACUCGUGGAUCAGGAAAAUGCGCAGGACUUCUUUUGUUACCUGUGCCAUGGAAUAUUGUAUCUGCCGAUGCUGACCAGAUGUUCACAUUUGUUUUGUAGUCCUUGUUUCCAGUCAUGGGUCAUGGAACGCGUCAACGAGCAUCAGACGGGGCCUACUUCGAAGUCGUCGAUGCAAGCCAUGCCGUGCCCCAUUUGUGGCAGCGGACUGAAGAUGCUUCGGCGACAGGAUGGUCAUGGGAUCUGA